AUGUCCGCCACGACAAACCCAGACCCGGAGCAAGGCGCUCCAGCCUUCAUUCCCCUCGAAGCCAACCCCGAGCUCAUGACCAAGCUCAUCCACAAGCUGGGCGUCUCGCAAGCCCUCCAGCUCCACGACGUCUACUCCCUCACCGACCCAGACAUGCUCGCAUUCAUCCCCCGUCCCGCACUAGCUCUCCUCCUUGUGUUCCCUAUAACCGCAGUCUACGAGAGCCACCGCAUGGCAGAGGAUAACACCGUCGACGAGUACAAGGGCGCCGGGGAGCAGGAGCCCGUCAUCUGGUGGAAGCAAACCAUCCGCAAUGCGUGCGGCAUGAUGGGUCUGCUGCACGCUGUCUCGAACGGUCCUGCCAGGACGCUAAUCGAGCAGGGCACAACGCUGGACGAGCUCCUCCAGAAAUCCACCCCGCUCCCUCCGCGCGAGCGCGCAUCUCUCCUCGAAAAGACACCCGCCGUCGCGGCUGCCCACAAGGAAGCCGCCUCGGCGGGAGACACGGCUGCGCCGGAUGCGCAGGACAACGUGGACCUGCACUACGUCUGCUUCGUCAAGGGCAGCGACGGGGCCUUGUGGGAGCUGGACGGACGUCGAAAGGGGCCGAUUCGCAGGGGAGAGCUGCAGGAGAACGAGGACAUGCUGAGCGAGAGGGCAUUGGGUAUGGGCAUUUUGAGGUUCUUGGAGCGGGAGGGCGGUGAUUUGAGGUUUAGCGCUGUGGCUUUGGCAGGGUCUUUGGAUUGA